AUGGGGUAUAUGAACCAGCCAAAAUUCAUGGAACUCUACGCCUAUGCCCUAGAGAGUGACUUCCAGAUCCCAGACGGCGAGUCAGCGGCAUGGGCUCCAGGACACCCUUUUCACUGGGGUCAAGAGCUUGAUAAAAUAAUCCUUGGGGGAGUAGGGUCGUCUCUGUCCUUGAGUCCCGAUGACCAGUUUCUUGCGGUCGGGGUAGGACAGAAUAUCCACGUCUAUUCUACGUUCACGAGGGAGUACGUGGAGACCCUGACGGGACAUUUAGAUGAGGUGUCACGGGUGUUUUUCGCUUCAAGAAUGAUCGGAUGCGGACUGUACACACUUGUCUCUUCUGCGGAGGGCUCGAUCGUGAUCUGGGAGCUUGAUAGGGAUGGGAAGAAUGUGUCUGCAGAGAAAGAGAACAAAUCCCAACGGAUAGAAAAUGGUAUAUGUCACCCAGAACAACACCGCUCAGAACGAGAUGCGCGACGCAGAAACUCUGCCUUGCGUGAACAUCAGGAAUAUCGAGGCCAAAGAAAAUCGGUAUCGCCUUCUCGGGCAUACCGACACGAUUAUGGCCUUUUGGAGGACAAAUGUGGUCUGGUGCUUUCUCUCCUGCCUCCAAAUACAUCGCUAUUUAGCCAAGGUAGUCCGAAGGCGGUUGUUUAUGUCUACGAUAUAGAAAAGGCCGAGGAGGUUUUACAUUUCGAGGGGUGUGAGCACUGGGCUCGCUCGCUAGAUUGGAGCCCAGACGGUAAGCUGCUGGCGGUAGGAGCCAGCGACAGCAGCGUCCGUGUCUUGGACCCAUAUACGGGAGAAGAGAAGAUAGGUUGGAGGUUGAAAUUCGACAACCGACUGAUGAGGAGAUUUGCGGGAAUUCAAGGAGUCAAGUUCAUCGACGCAGGGAGAAAGCUGAUGUUUCGCUCUACUGUGGGAUUUACCGAAGUAUAUGACUUACAACUAACGAAACAACAAUUUGCCAGGGGACCUGAAUGUCAGCUGGAGAGGGGGAGUACUUCCAAGCCCAUUUACACUGCAGACUCUUCUCUCCCAGUAGUGUCGGAUGCCGAUGGAGCCGUGAGGUUCUGGAGACAUUGCGAUUUCCGAGAUACCGACCCGUAUUUAUGA